GCAAGUUCAACCUGUUCCUCCUGGAUUCCACCUGAGGCCGAUCACAGUGAAUGGCAGCCGGACGUAAGAAACAUGUUCUCCUUCAGAGUCGGGAAAAACAACAUUGGGAGUCAAUGCAACGUCAUCAGAUGGUUUCUCCAGGCGCUGACGUUCUUCAUCAUCCUGCUGUUCAUCGUCGUCAUCUUCCUGAAGCUCUACAGCGACCAAAAGCUCACAGAUAUAACUAAAAAUGCGCUGAGCUCCAGUCGGACCUCCAAGUUGGGCUCCAACGCAGAAGGGCCAUGUUCCAGGAAGAACGUCUGUCCAGAGAAUCACAUCAGUUUCUUCGUCCAGAGCGGAGCUGCGAACGUCGUUCCUCCAAAGAUCUGCGUCAACAACAAGCUGGCUUUAGGAACCGUUUUGAACAACGCUGACACCGGAAUCAACAUCGUGGUGGUAAAUGGUAAAUCCGGAGACCUCGUGAAGACGAUCACUUACAACAUGUACAGCGGCGAAGUGGAGCCGCUCAUCGAGUUCCUGAAGAACAUCGAGAUGGGUUCUGUGGUUCUGAUGGCCGUCUACGACGAGGGAUCUAGAAGGUUAAAUGAGGAGGCCCGGACUCUGAUCUCGGACCUGGGCAGCUCCGUCAUCCAUUACCUGGGAUAUCGGGAUAACUGGGUGUUUGUUGGUGGGAAAGGGACGACGGGGAAAAGCAACUUCGAGAAGCACAUGAAGAGCGACGAUUCCAAAAACAAGUACGAGAACUGGCCUGAGAUGGUGGAGAUGGAGGGCUGCAUUCCCAAAUACGUGUAAUAAUCCUGGAAAAAUCAGCAAGAAGCUGCAGGACGGGAUCUUUAGGACUUACGUAUUAAACUGAUCUGGAUGAAUCCAUGAGAUCCUCCACAUCCUGCAGAAAGCUGGGCCUGAUGCUGUGACUCAGAGUCCAGGUUAAAUUAAAGUAAUCCGGUCCAGCUUUGGAUGGAAUAAUUAAUCUGUAUUCAAAGGGAAACAGGAAACAUCUAAACAUCUCCACUGAUCCAGGAUCCUAAUCCAUCUGGAAUAAUCCUGCUGCUGCUGACGUUUAACUUUCCUCAAAGUCCAGCUUCACCUGCAGGAGCUUCUGGAGACAAUUUCCAGACUUCAGCAGAUUAAAAGCAAAUUAACAGAUUAUUAGGGGAUCAUGAGGAGGCACGGUGUUUUUACAGGAAGGGGAUUUGAUGAAUUUUCAGUUGUCAGAUAGAAAAAGUGGGAAAAGGUAAAAAAUAUAAAUAUUUCUAUAGAAUGAAACAUUUAUAUUCUGGUUUUUAACUUAUUUUUCUGUUUUUUAUUAAAUAAAUCAUGUUUUUACUUUAUGAUCUUUGUUUUAAACUUUCAUUUUAAUCCUAAAGAAACCAUUAAUCAACUGAAAUAAACAGAAAAAGCAGACUAGUUAGUUAGUUAGUUAGUUAGUUAGUUA